CUUCAUGCUUUCCAAAUAGUCUGUCAUUCCCACGUUUAUAUUUCUAUAAUUGGGGGUGUAGAAUUCAAAGCACUUUAAAAAACCCCAACAGAAAGUGGAAAGUUCACACAACAUAUUUGACUUGUAACUACUGUAAAGUUUAUUUUCAUCCAUGCAAAAGACUCGACAUGGACAUGCCCUAAAAGGUCGACAAGCUGCAGAUUCUACUGAUGAUCAAGAUUACCCUCGUUCUGCAUGUUAAAACUAUAUAGAGCCUACCAGAUUGUGCAUGGAAGUUUGGAACAAUUUUUUAAUUCAGCCCCCGUACAAAGGAUGAGGAAAACCACAGCUAUGGAAGGAGAGCUGAGUGGGCCAACAUUUAUGCUUACAAUGAGCUGGACUGUGGAGAACCUUUCCCUGUCUUCAGAGCUUGAAAUUGCGUGCAAGCAGUUGUUAAUUAAUUAAUUAAUCUCUGGAAUCUCAAGAACACUGCUGUACAAUCUGCAAAACGAAGGCCCGGGCUCAUGUGGGCACGUGAUCCCCAGCCAAGCUAGGCCACAUUCCCCAACCCACUCGACCCAUUUUGCGUGCAGAGCAGGGAAAAGCAGUCAGUCUGUCCAUGGUCUCCAUCUCUGUGCUUUUUCUUUUGAGGGUAAGUGGCCAUGGUGCAAGCAUGGUGUGUGAUUUUUACCCUUUUGGUGGCAACAGGAAUAGGCGUGUCAGAGGCAGACGAUGGUGACUUGGGCGGGCUGGUUGCUUUCAUGGCAGGGGCAAAUGGUGGAGGGCUGCUACAGACGGUGUGGAGUCGAUCUGAUUACUGUAAUUGGGAUGGAGUAAGAGAAUGCCUAAAAGGGCGAGUUACAAAGCUGGUUCUUGAAAAUUUGUGGCUGAAUGGAACUUUUGCGGGCAAUACCCUGAGUAGGCUGGAUCAACUCCGUGUUCUAAGCCUGAAAGGAAACGCCCUCACAGGUCCCAUUCCCGAUCUUUCCUCCCUGCGCAAUCUCAAGAGUUUGUUCCUCAAUUACAACAAUUUCACUGGUUCUUUCCCUGCUUCAAUCGCCACUCUGCAUCGCCUCAAGGUCAUUGUUCUGUCACACAAUUCAUUGGCCGGUCAAAUUCCUCUGGCUCUUGCUUUGCUCCCUAGAUUGCACGUUUUGAGUGUGGAAAACAAUCGGCUCAGCGGUUCCCUCCCGGCGUUUAACCAGUCAUCCUUGAUCUUCUUGAAUGUAUCUGACAAUCUCCUCUCGGGUCUCGUUCCAGAAACGGGAGUACUUAGUGAGUUCAAUCUCUCUUCGUUUAGUGGAAAUCCGGGACUCUGUGGACGACUUGUAGAUAGGCCCUGCCCUGUUCUGACACCCGAUUCAAGCCCCACAAGCAGUCCUCAAAAUCAAUUUUUUUGGCCUGUCAACAGCAAAGUUAGAAAGCUCAGCAAAAGGGCCAAGAUUGCUGUAAUUGUGGUCGGAAGUGUUGUAGGUUUUUUGGCCAUUUUAUGCCUUGUGGUUCUCUUCGUUUACAGGGGACGCCGCCACCGGUCCAGUGAUGAGCACACGACUGGGAAGCAGACCCGCGGUGGGAAGACAGAAGGCGAAAUUGCAGGGGAAUCUGAUGCCCAGCAAUCCAGCAAGAGCAAGAGCACGAGCAAAAGCGGGAGAAGCCCCUCGCCUAGGGAUAAUCACAGUGGGAAUGUCAGUGGAAAUCUUGUGUUCUGUGGAGGAGAGACUCAAAUCUACAGCUUGGAGGAUUUGCUCAAGGCUACUGCUGUGAUUUUGGGAAGAGGGUGCUUAGGAAGUACUUAUAAGGUUGUAAUGGACAGCAGAUUGACCGUUGCGGUGAAGAGGGUGAAGAAGUGUAAUACCAUGAGCAGAAGUGAACAAGAGAAACAUAUGUAUAUGCUUGGAAAUCUGAGGCACCCAAAUCUGGUUUCUCUCAGAGCCUACUUCCGUGCCAAAGAUGAAAGCCUCCUCGUUUACGACUACUAUCCCAAUGGCAACCUCUUCUCUCUCAUUCACGGCACGGCAUCAGUGGAAGGGAAGGCGAAGCCUCUGCAUUGGACAUCAUGUCUGAAAAUUGCAGAAGACAUGGGGCAAGGUUUGGCAUAUUUGCAUUCCCUGGGAGUCAUUCAUGGAGAUCUCAAGUCGACCAAUGUUCUGAUUGGUUCAGAUUUUGAGGCAUGCAUAACAGAUUACGGUCUGACUGUCCUGGGCUUGGGUUGUGAUUCGGACGCCGACACCUCCGAUUCAGUGGCUGCUGACUCAUUUUUAGCCUAUAGAGCACCCGAAUGCAGGUGCCCACUGAAGAUGACUUACAGCGCUGAUGUUUACAGUUUUGGAGUGAUUCUACUCGAGAUUUUGAGUGGCAAAACACCUUCUCAGGCUUUAAUGGGCAUGCCAGACCUCCCAAAUUGGGUAGUUUCUGUGAGAGAGGGAGAUGAGAGUGGGAGUGCGAGCGAGGGGUCGGAGGAUAAGCUGCGGGUGCUGUUGAACAUAGCCAUGGCAUGCGUGUCACCCUCUCCUGAGCUCAGACCUUCCAUGAGAGAUGGGGUGAGAAUGAUCACAGAAGCGAGAGAAUCUUCCCAGAGCAGUGCAUCUGCCAGCGAUCACUCCCCUGCCAGAUGGUCAGAUACCAUUCAUAGUUUGCCCAGAGAGCGUGGGGCGGACCCCACUUUCACAGAGCGCGAUUGAGCUUCAACUUUCAAAAUGUUCCCUUCAGUCCUUGGUUCACUCUAAGGUUCAUGUUGGUAACUAUGUAGUUAGAUGAAUCUACGUUUGAUAUCAAACCUUCCAUUAAACAAUCCCCACUCAACUUUGCAUACAAGUUACCCCUCCUAUCUUGCAUGUUUAUCAUUGUUUUUGGCUUGAAUCCUGCUAUUUUUGUCUUUGUUUAUUUUGAUUCCUUGAGAGCUCAGACCAAUGUUUGAUUGCUACGGGCAUUGUAGACUUACAUAUGUUUCAUGUAGCAUUCCAUAGAGACUAUUUUUGGGUCUCGUGGAUGUUAAAAGUUAUUCUAUUUGUAUGUGAAUAAGAGGGAGGCUUGACCCAAAUAGUCAAACGGGUCAAAAAUUUGAUAGCAUUUGUACUUGAAUUACAAUAAUA